GACAUUUUCGAAACACAAAAAACCCAAACAAAUUCAACGAAACCUAAAUAGACACUGCAAUCCAAAAUUCUCGUUUGUUAGCAUUCGGAAAGGCGACCAUCACGUCUCCCACAGAAAUUCCGUCGACGAGUAUUUCAUCCACAACUUAUUAGAAUGCAGACUAACAAGAUGCAGAAGAAGGGCUGGGAACUGGUUCGCGACAUGUACGAGUCGCUGCUAAUGAUGAGCGUAAGUAUGAUGUUCCAUUUGAAUGGUUGGCAUGUCCUGGCCUGGCUAGAUCCCAAUCAGAUGCCGAGUGAGGCUCUGCCCGUAAAUUGGAGCACGACAUGCUUUAUCAUGGGCCUAUUGCUGGUGCUGCUUCACUUCAAACCUCGUUCGAUUAAGCGUUGUAGCCACAUGGCGCGAGUGGCUAUGCUGCCCCUAGAGAUAUUCCUAAUGCUCUGGCUAAUUGAUACGCUGGAGGUUCAAAUGUGGCACCCAUUUCUGGGUAUUAUGGAGAUGCUCUUUGGCGUGCUCGGACACGCUCGUCGCUUCUCUGGCAUCUAUUAUUAUUUGCCAGGACUAUCGAAAUGGCUAAUCAAUGAUGCUUUCUAUUUUAUGCGCUUUGUAUCCUCAGUAACAAUCUUGUUGCUCGGACUGGAAGCUGAAGGUGGCAAGUGGCGUCGCGCAAUCGACUUUCUACUGCUGGGCAAGCUGCCGCAACAAACUUCUGCUCAGCGCUGCCAGAAACGAACUAGCCGCGAUCGUUCCUAUCUCAAUAUCGAUGCUGAUGAUAUCGAUAACGAUAACGAUGGCCCUCUGCGCGAGCACAUGUGCGAUGAAUGCAUUAAACGCUUUGUAGAGCAAGAAUAAGCGCUAAUUUCCAAAAUGCGUUUCGCCUGAUUUUUCUCCUUCAGUCAAACAUACACACCUCAAAAUAAACAAUAGACCGCAAUAUGUAAUAGAACCAAAGUAUUUAUCCAGGAAUUCAUUAAAUCGCCUCAAAAACUAUUCAUUGAUGCCUAAUGUCGACGUUACGAAAAGAAGCUGCGAAUACGGCAAUGCAUUUCACAUAUCACAUUUUGUGAAGAUUAGAAGGAGGCGAUGACCUAUUUAGAAGUUAUAUAGAGCCCCAGCUUUCUAAGCUUUCUUCGAAAACUAAAAAUGUACAAAAUUAUUCAAAAUAUACAUAUGCAUAUGUACACUCAA